CACUGUUGACAUCCGUGCGCGUUCCCGUGUGCCUGAUGCACGCUCCCGUACCGCUCAUCUGACGGUCUAAAACUGUCAUAACUUCUGUGAACAGCUUUCAGAUUUUAUCGACCAAACACGGACGUUUUCCACUGACAACCAAAAGAUGUGGAAGUCAGUCGUGGGUCACAAUGUGAGCAUGAAGGUGGCUUCAGAUGGGGAUGACUGGGAGACGGAUCCUGACUUUGAGAAUGACAUAACAGAGCAGGAACAGAGGUGGGGAGCCAAGACCAUCGAGGGUUCAGGACGUAAAGAGCACAUCAGUGUUGCAGAACUCAGACAAAAGGUUGCUGUGGAGCAUGAGCAGCUGAAGCAAAAGGAAGACACUCCCAAAGCGUCCUAUGGAUAUGGAGGGAAGUUUGGAGUGGAGAAGGACAGAAUGGACAAGGUGGCUAAGGGACAUGACUAUGUGGCCCAAGUUGACCAGCACUCAUCCCAGAAAGAUGCAGCAAAGGGGUUUGGUGGGAAAUUUGGUGUUCAGAAAGACCGUGUGGAUAAGUCUGCAGUGGGCUUUGAAUAUAAGGGAGAGGUUCAGCAACAUGCAUCACAGAAAGGUAGGUCAUCUGUCUAUCUUUACAUGUACAGUGAUCCUGCUUUGAAACCUAAGCGAGUGUCUAUGUAUGUUUCAGAUUAUUCUAAGGGGUUUGGAGGAAAGUAUGGAGUGGAGAAGGACAAGGUGGACAAAGCUGCUUUGGGCUUCGACUAUAAAGGUCAAACAGAGAAGCAUCAGUCACAAAAAGAUUAUGCCAAAGGAUUUGGAGGAAAGUAUGGUGUGGAGACAGAGAAAGUAGAUAAAGCAGCUCUGGGGUACGACUAUAAAGGCGAGACAGAGAAACACCAGUCACAAAAAGAUUACUCCAAGGGAUUUGGGGGGAAAUAUGGAAUUGAAAAGGAAAAGGUAGACAAAGCUGCCUUGGGGUAUGAGUAUAAAGGUGAGACAGAGAAACACCAGUCCCAAAAAGAUUAUUCAUCAGGUUUUGGAGGUCGAUAUGGGGUACAAACAGACCGCAUGGAUAAGAGUGCAGUUGGCUUCUCAGAUAUGAACUCUCCUACUUCUGCUUAUGAGAAGACGCAGCCAUUCGAGGCCUCAAGCGCAGGUGCUGAUAAACUCAAGGCACGCUUUGAGAGCAUGGCCAAAGCUUCAGAAGAAGAGGACAGGAAGAAAGCAGAAGAAGAGCGAGCCAGGAGACAAGCCAGAGAAAAGAGAGAGCAAGAGGAGGCCAGACACAGAGAGCAGGAGGAGAGUAGCAGAAAGGAGGAACCUCUUCCACCUCCAUCUGUCCCAGAUGUAACUCCAGUGUACGACAUGCCAGAAGAAAGCCACCUUCAUAUUCCUGAGAUACAAGAAAAACCAGAACCAGAGCCAGAGGAUGAAGCAGAAUAUGAGGAGCCUCCAGCCCUGCCUCCACGCAGUGAGGAUUUCUUAGAUAUGGAUGCCCCACCAUUACCAGAGAGGACAGCAGAGGUGGAGGAGGAUGGAGAAUAUGAAGACAUUGCUGAGCCUCCGCUUUCUCCUGAGCCAUCAGCUGCAGACAAUGACUAUGAAGAUCUCUCUGGGGGCUUGAGAGCUAAAGCUAUUUAUGACUAUCAAGGAGAGGCUGAUGAUGAGAUCUCCUUCUACCCUGACGAUAUCAUCACCAAUGUGGAGAUGAUUGAUGAGGGCUGGUGGAAGGGACAAUGUCAUGGAAAUGUUGGUCUGUUCCCAGCAGCCUAUGUUGAGCUGAUAUAGGGGACAUGAUCCCUAGAUGGUCGUGCACAUGCUUCACUUGAAUCUCUGAUAAUGUUUAGGUUGUUUGGGAGAGAAUUUCAGCAAAUAUAUCAUAAAUCAGAAUGGCUGAUAAUCAAUUUCAUCCUAUUUACUGCAAUAUCUUCCUUUGGGUCUGUGGCAAUGACUUUUUUUCCAAGUGUAAUAUGACUAUUGCAAUACCUAUAUUAGAGGAAAUGACUUACUCUUUACACACAACUGAAAUGACCUAGUUUGAGUCAAUGAAAUAUUCUAUAGGAAAACAUGUCAUUUGAGGGCUAUAAUUUUUUAUUGUACUGUCAUUUACAUUGUGAAAUAAAACAUCUAAAGAAAUAUACCAAAAUAUAUUCAACA